AUGGGGAUAAUCGGCGCGGCCUUAUCGGCGGGACUGCUCUUGUGGAGUCUUCAAGCAGACGCAGUCGUGGUGAACACGGCGGUCAAACGAACAUUUGACCUCACGAGGCACAUCGUGCGACAGGUGGACGACAUCUCGUUUCGAGACGACGAUGCGUCCGUGGCGACGUACACGGUGGCUAUUCCUUUCGACUUCCAUGAGCGUCUGUCCCACAUGAGCGCCAAAACAGACAAAAACGCCGUCUGCGAGGUCGUCCAGGGCGAAAAAACUUCCCACACGCAGCUCUUCCACGUGCAGUUGCCGUCUCCUGUGUUGAAAGGGGCCGACGGGUCCAUCAAAGUGACCGCCUAUUUCACGCGCAUACUCACGCCACUCCCUGCAUCGAUCAAGCAGAGCGAGGACCAACUCGUCGUGUUCCACGCCCCACAUGUGCUGCCAUCGCCAUACGCCACAGUCACGCAAACCACGCGUAUCAAGCUCCCUUCGACCCACAUCGAACGCCAUUCCACCGUCGACCCCGUGUCCGUGAAAGGAUCUGUUGUAACGUAUGGCCCGUACACGGCCGUCCCUGGCGGCGCGCCUCCAUCUUCUGCCAACGAGCUAAUCACCGUUCACUUUCAGCACAACGAGCCCUUCCUCACCAUGACGUCCCUUGUGAAGGAGGUCGAUGUGUCCAUGUGGGGCCGCGUGUCCACGGAGGAGGUCGUGGACGUCGAGCACACGGGCGCCGCCCUCGUUGGCGGGUUUUCCCGCUUCGAGUACUCUGAGCACGACGCCGUGUCUGCUUCGUUCCGGUCGUUCGUGGCCGUGCUACCCAAGCAUGCGGUGAACGUCUACUACCGCGACCAGAUUGGCAACAUCACCACCUCCGCCUUGAGUGUCCUAUCGAAUGGCCACACGGAGCUCGUCCUCGAGGCGCGGUACCCGCUGUUUGGCGGGUGGAAGACUCAGUACUACCUCGGGUACUCGGAGCCCACGGCGUCCGUGCUCGUCCACGCCAACGACCGCUUCCGCCUCGAAGGACACCUGUCGACAUGUGUCGAGCACGCGGCCGUGGACGACCUCACGCUCAAGGUCAUCCUGCCCCAAGGCGCGACCAAUGUCCAAGUGACCGCGCCGUGGCUCCAUGUGGAGAUCACGCACACGACGCGGCGUCAAUCCUUCUUGGACGCUGGCCGCCCGGUGGUGAUUCUGAAGAAGACCAACGUCGUGCCUGCCCACAACGACGUGCCGUUGACCGUCUCGUUCGACUAUCCUGGUCAUUAUUACGUGUACCGCGAGCCGGCGCUGGUCGUGGGCGCGUGCUUUGGCUUGUUCGUCGUGUACAUGGCACUCACGCGGCUUUUGAACCAAGCGCGACAGUCGCAAACCAAGCAAGACUAAUAAGCGUGGUGACUCGUACUGUAGUAGUAGUACGUUAGUUUCCCAGUGAAUAUUGAUAUUACUUGGUCCAAUGCCAACUUGGGUAGCACUGUAAACUAUGAAGCGGA